CGAAUCCUCCCGACUUGCCCAUAAGAUCUCAAGGCGACUUUCCUUUCUCUAAUCAAACAAUAAACAGAGACGAGGCAAAGUUUGCCCCUUUCUAAUCAAACAAUAUACAGAGACGAAGCAGAGUUUGUUUCAAAACAAACCGAAGGGCUUGGAAAAGAUGUCGUACGACGACGUGGAGAUAGAGGACAUGGAAUGGAACGAGGAGUUUCAAGCAUACACCUACCCGUGCCCUUGCGGCGACCUAUUUCAAAUCACCAAGGAGGAUCUCCGCCUCGGCGAGGAAAUCGCUCGGUGCCCUAGUUGCUCCCUCUACAUCACCGUCAUUUACAACAUUGAAGACUUCAUCGGCAGCGACGAUAAAUCAAAAAAGAAGAAUCUCGAGCCUGCAAAGCAGCAGCCUGUCGCCGUCGCUUAAAGCAUAAUUUCGAGGUUUUCACAUUUAAUGGUUGGACUCGAGAUGUUAACAGCUCAGAAUUAUGAUCUGUUUCUUUCUUUAAGAAGAAUUGCUGUUACCGGUGCCGGUUCUGUUCAUUAUUUUGUUCGUUUCGAUUUCUUAGCUUAAAAACUAUAGUGAUAUACUUUUGAUGGUUGUGAGCAUACACAAUGAGCAAAGAUUGAUGUUUUGUAUGAAACAUGUUUGGAUUUAGUUUGAAACCGAGAAAUUCAAUGCUUUAGGAUUUGAAUUUUUCCUUUUUUUAA